AUGAGGGCUUUUUUAGAUUGUUCUCGAGACUAUCGACGAGUGUCCGCUGAAUUUAAGCGUAAAUUCCCGUUAAAGACAGCGAAAGAUGUAAGAGAUAAGCAUUUGGCAGAAGUUGUCGAGAAGCGGUUGAUCGACUGCGACCAGAAAUCUAAAAAGGACUACUGGAUGAAUCUCAUGAAAUCAUUGCCAAAGGCGAAGCUUUCAGCAAGCGAAGAGGAGGAGUGCCGUAACGGUCUUGUACAGGAACGUAUAGCGUGCGUUAACCUGAUGUCGUUUACAUGCCAGUUUAUCAAGCGUGAAUAUGCGUUCCGUUUGGUGCCUGCGCGAGUGAUCAUGCAGGAAGCCCGUCUAGCCGAGGAUGGAGCUGAAAAAUGUGCGACAAUGGUGCGUUUCAUCAAAAAGCACGAUCAACCGAAAAAGUGA